CCCCCCUCUAUUACGUGGCCGUGCAGCCAUGUCCGCUGCAGCCUGCGCCGUUGAGCUUUGUAUUGUUCAGUUCAAUUACACGCCAAACCAUGUCAAGGCGACAAAGGACUCAGAGGGGGUGCAUCACCCUGCAGCCCCCACGCAUGAUGCCGGAUGGGCUUGAGGUGUCGCUGCACACGUGUCCUCGAGCCUUGCUGCGAGAGCUCGAUCACGUGUUUCCCGGAGUAGACUUGGAUGCUUGCCUGGCGAUACCCACGAACCAGAAGGCGGGUAUGGACCUGGUCGCGAUGGGGGACACGGUCGAGACGGAGAAAGACGUGCUCCUCAACUCGUUCGCCAGCUUCGCGUCGGGCCUGUGCAAGCAGAUCCGAGAGGCUGGGUAUUGGGCGGACUACAUCGACCCCUGCUCUGGGUUGCCGAUGCUCAGCGGUGGCACCAAGGUUUACAGCGAGGUCGAAGGCAUGCAGCUACUCUUGCAGUACCAGGUGAUGAACGCGGGCAACUGCAAGGUCUUGCUUCACCCCCAGUGGGGCUCCGCCGUUUACCCGGCGAGUUUGUUCUGUACGGCCCCGUCUGACUUUGUGCAGCGCCUGCUGGAGGAGAGACUGGUCCCGCGACCAGCACCGGUGCCUGCAUGAGAGAUAGGAUGAGGGAGGGAUGUUUAUGACGCAGGAGAUGUUGGGGCGCAUACCGAAAAGCGGUUCACCACAGCCGGCAGCAGAAGGGCGCCCUCUGGAAGGGGGAGGGGGGGGAGGGUUACACUCAUGUAAACGCAUGCCAGAGUCGUCCCGCCGCUGACCUCGCCUCCCUACAAGGCCGGGACAGAGCGGUAUUCCGGCGGGGAGGAGGGGGGGGGGAGGCAUCAAGGGCAAUUUGCCGCAGCGAAGCCGUGUCGACAGCACCGGCGGCGGGACUUUUACGGUUGUGAAAGGUCGAUGGUGGGUUCACGCGGAUGGGAAUGGAUGGGCACAAGGGGAGGGCUGCUGCGGCGGGUGAAACUGAUUGCUUCGCGGCAAGCUAAAUUGUCGGCUUCCGACCCGAUGAUAUCGAUCCCCCCACCUGCCUUUCACCGCAGAGUCGUUCACUUGCGUUUUGUUCACGGUGAGGUAAGCCAUGGCACGGCGGUUGCACGACGCGGAAGUCGGCUGGGGUGUGCCCGAGAUGACCGUUGAUGGAGUGUAGACGGGCAUGGCUUACCGCGGUGAAGCCUCCCCGCGCAGUCAAUUGUAAGUUUUUGUUCCAGGGAGGCAACUAAUUUGACAUGAAAUGGACAUUUUGCCUGCUCGUCUUGAACGGUCGCUGUGCAAAUGCAUCGAGGGGCUCGAGCGACAGCCUGCAGCCUUGCCCUCAUUUCGGUUGUUUUUUGCCUUUUUUUUUUUUUUCGAAGUCGUCAAUAAAACGGUGGGGUGUUGUUCAUUUCGGGUAGCGGAGGUCGACAAGUAAUGGGUUCAGCUGUAUGUAUACAGCUUAUCUACCGGUACAACCGCCAGGGAGUGUCAAGGGUUAUUAAAGUCAACACCAUUAGUUAGAGCACAUUUGGACCCUUUUUUUGUUGCCGUUGUGCGGUGGUUGCUGUGAGUGUUUUUUUUUACCCAGGCGUGUUCCGCCGGCAGCGAGGGCAGCAGCAGCAGCGGCAGGAGCGGUACAAAUAGCGUGCGGGGUUGGCGCGUGUGGUGGCUGGGGGCGUGUGCAUACCGGUGCCUUUUUUUUGCGUUGCGUGUUUUUGUUUUUGAGUGUUUCAGUAGCCUUGGCAUAUGCCGUCCCUUAUGCAAGUCGUCGAGGUCGGCGGCCGGGGCGCGAGCGCUCCUCUUGUUGCAGAUGGCGCGAAGCCGGGUUUUCCUCUGCCGAGCGAGGUCUUACGAAUUGCUCAAGCAGAGGCUGACGAAUUGCGUCAGGAGAGACAACAACCUCUUUGUUUUACGCCCUGUUGGUCUUGGGGAAAACGCGCUAUGUCUGGACGGGUCGGUAUGUUGUGGGGUUCAUGUGCUUUAGCGCUCUGACGGACCAAGAGAAAGCCUAUUUGUUGGGUCCUUUCGGGAAACGCCCCCCCUUCUCCUUCCCACGGGAAGCGAAUUCUGAGAAGAACAGGUGUGAUUAGAUUACUCAUCGAACAUCGGGCGUUCGCUUGCGGUAGUGUAUGACAGGUAGCGGCGAAUCCGGCGAGGGGGGCUUGUGACGAACAUAUUGUCAUGCGUGAUGUUGUUUUGUCUGUUGUAUAUGGAGACCACCGGCCAUUUGCGCCCACUAUGGUACGUGUAGGGACCGCGGGCCACGAGCCGGGAAGGCACAUGUGGUUUUUUCCUUCCGUGCGGGUUUUCGGGAGCAACAAAAGAUGCUUGGAUGGAAAAUUCCUCAAUAUUUACAGCAACCCUU